CCUAUAUCCUUGACCCCCAAAUUUCGAUAAUUCAAAGUCUCUGUCGACGUCUCGCAUAUGCGAGCUUCCGUGUUUGCUCCGGGGUAUUCGAUCUUGAUCUGACUACGAACGGACUCAAAUUCAGAAAACAAUCUACUGAGUAGUAGACAGUAGACGAGCAAGGAAGCCAACUGGUGAGAUGGAUUUGGAGGAGGAGUACUACGAGCAGGGUUUCAACGAGGAGGAGGAGUACGAAGACGACGGGGAAGAAGAGAUAACACAGGAGGAUGCUUGGGCGGUUAUCAGUGCUUAUUUUGAAGAGAAAGGUUUGGUGCGCCAGCAGCUCGACUCGUUCGAUGAAUUUAUCCAGAACACUAUGCAGGAAAUUGUCGAUGAAUCCGCCGACAUUGAGAUCCGUCCUGAGUCGCAGCAUAAUCCCGGGCAGCAGUCGGACUUUGCGGAGACUAUUUAUAAGAUUAGUUUUGGUCAGAUAUACCUCAGUAAACCAAUGAUGACAGAAUCUGAUGGAGAAACAGCUACUUUGUUUCCUAAAGCUGCGAGGCUAAGGAAUUUGACAUAUUCAGCUCCGUUGUAUGUGGAUGUCAGUAAACAAGUAAUAAAGAAAGGCCAUGACGGUGAGGAAAUUACGGAGACUCAAGAUUUUACAAAAGUCUUUAUUGGGAAGGUUCCAAUAAUGCUCCGCUCAAGUUAUUGCACACUAUAUAACAAUACUGAGAAAGAUUUAACCGAACUGGGAGAGUGCCCAUAUGACCAGGGUGGUUAUUUCAUCAUCAAUGGCAGUGAAAAGGUUUUAAUUGCUCAGGAGAAAAUGAGCACUAAUCAUGUUUAUGUAUUUAAGAAGAGGCAGCCAAACAAAUAUGCUUAUGUAGCUGAAGUUCGGUCCAUGGCUGAGACCCAAAACAGGCCUCCUAGCACAAUGUUUGUUCGGAUGCUUUCUCGAGCUAGUGCCAAGGGGGGUUCAUCUGGUCAAUAUAUUCGCGCCACCUUACCGUACAUUCGCACAGAAAUUCCUAUUAUUAUUGUAUUUAGAGCACUGGGAUUUGUUGCUGACAAAGAUAUAUUGGAGCACAUCUGCUACAAUUUCGAAGAUACUCAGAUGAUGGAGUUGCUGCGGCCAUCUUUGGAAGAAGCAUUUGUGAUCCAAAAUCAACAGGUGGCUCUGGAUUACAUUGGGAAGAGAGGAGCUACAGUGGGUGUUACACGAGAAAAAAGGAUCAAGUAUGCUAAAGAGAUCCUUCAGAAAGAAAUGCUUCCUCAUGUUGGUGUUGGAGAAUACUGCGAAACUAAGAAAGCUUAUUAUUUUGGCUAUAUUAUCCAUCGACUUCUUCUGUGCGCACUCGGCCGGAGGGCGGAGGAUGACAGGGAUCACUAUGGAAAUAAAAGAUUGGAUCUUGCUGGUCCUUUACUUGGUGGCCUGUUUCGAAUGUUGUUCAGAAAGUUGACCAGAGAUGUCAGGUCUUAUGUUCAGAAGUGUGUUGACAAUGGCAAAGAUGUGAAUUUACAAUUUGCAAUAAAGGCCAAAACUAUUACAAGUGGCCUAAAAUACUCUCUUGCGACUGGAAACUGGGGCCAAGCAAAUGCAGCUGGUACAAGAGCUGGAGUGUCACAGGUGUUGAAUCGUCUAACUUUUGCUUCUACUUUGUCGCAUUUGAGAAGACUUAACUCACCGAUUGGCCGUGAAGGGAAACUGGCUAAACCAAGACAGUUGCACAAUUCUCAGUGGGGCAUGAUGUGUCCAGCAGAAACACCCGAAGGACAAGCCUGUGGAUUGGUGAAGAACCUGGCAUUAAUGGUCUAUAUUACAGUUGGGUCAGCAGCGUAUCCAAUUUUAGAAUUUUUGGAAGAAUGGGGCACUGAGAACUUCGAGGAAAUCUCCCCUGCUGUGAUUCCUCAAGCAACAAAGAUCUUUGUGAAUGGUUGUUGGGUUGGCAUUCAUCGCAAUCCCGACAUGUUGGUGUCAACUCUGAGACGUCUUAGGAGGCGUGUUGAUGUCAAUACUGAAGUUGGGGUGGUUCGAGAUAUUCGCUUGAAAGAACUUCGCAUAUACACUGAUUAUGGUCGUUGCAGUCGACCACUAUUUAUUGUAGACAAACAAAGACUACUUAUAAAAAAGAAGGAUAUUCAAGCAUUGCAACAAAGGGAAUCUCCGGAAGAUGGCGGCUGGCACGAGCUGGUUGCAAAAGGAUUCAUAGAAUACAUUGAUACAGAAGAAGAAGAAACUACUAUGAUUUCCAUGACCAUAAGUGAUCUUGUAAAUGCGAGGCUGAAUCCUGGCGAGGCUUAUUCGGAGACUUAUACACACUGUGAGAUUCACCCUUCACUGAUACUCGGUGUUUGUGCUUCAAUCAUUCCCUUUCCUGAUCACAACCAGUCUCCACGUAACACAUAUCAGUCAGCUAUGGGUAAACAAGCAAUGGGUAUUUAUGUCACCAAUUACCAAUUUCGAAUGGAUACUCUGGCCUAUGUUCUUUACUAUCCUCAAAAGCCUCUCGUCACUACACGGGCUAUGGAGCAUUUACAUUUUAGACAGCUACCGGCCGGCAUCAAUGCCAUCGUUGCUAUAUCCUGUUAUUCCGGAUACAACCAAGAAGAUUCGGUCAUUAUGAACCAGUCAUCAGUCGACCGAGGUUUCUUCCGCUCUCUAUUUUUCCGUUCCUACAGAGACGAAGAGAAGAAGAUGGGAACCCUCGUCAAAGAGGACUUCGGACGGCCUGAUAGAGGCAACACGAUGGGUAUGCGCCAUGGUUCCUACGAUAAAUUGGAUGACGAUGGAUUGGCUCCUCCGGGAACUAGAGUUUCCGGUGAGGACGUGAUUAUUGGUAAAACCACUCCCAUAUCGCCCGAGGAUGCCCAAGGACAAGCUGCCCGUUACACGAAACGUGAUCACAGCACGAGCCUACGCCACAGCGAGAAUGGAAUAGUCGAUCAGGUCCUACUGACUACAAACGCCGACGGGUUACGAUUCGUGAAAGUGAGGGUGAGAUCCGUGCGGAUACCUCAGAUUGGCGACAAAUUCAGCAGUCGGCACGGGCAGAAGGGAACCGUUGGUAUGACAUACACACAAGAAGACAUGCCGUGGACACUCGAAGGCAUUACUCCCGAUAUCAUCGUCAACCCUCAUGCUAUUCCUUCCCGUAUGACGAUCGGGCAGCUCAUCGAGUGUGUCAUGGGGAAAGUCGCUGCGCAUAUGGGAAAGGAAGGCGACGCCACUCCCUUCACCGAUGUAACGGUCGAUAACAUCAGCAAAGCCCUCCACAAAUGCGGCUACCAAAUGCGAGGUUUCGAGACGAUGUACAACGGCCACACCGGAAGGAGGCUUCCGGCCAUGAUAUUCCUUGGCCCUACGUACUACCAGAGGCUGAAGCAUAUGGUUGACGACAAGAUCCAUUCCCGUGGCAGGGGCCCUGUCCAAAUCCUCACAAGACAGCCCGCCGAGGGACGAUCCCGUGACGGCGGUCUCCGGUUUGGUGAAAUGGAGCGCGACUGCAUGAUCGCGCACGGCGCGGCGCACUUCCUCAAGGAACGGUUGUUCGAUCAAAGCGACGCCUACAGAAUCCACGUUUGUGAGCGGUGUGGACUGAUCGCGAUCGCUAAUCUGAAGAAGAAUUCGUUCGAGUGCCGAGGCUGCAAGAAUAAGACAGACAUAGUUCAGGUGUACAUCCCAUACGCUUGCAAGCUGCUGUUCCAAGAGCUUAUGGCUAUGGCGAUUGCUCCAAGAAUGCUCACCAAGGACAUCAAACAAUCUAAAGAUCAGAAGAAGAGAGGAGGUUAGUUUUGCUUAGCUUAACUUAACUUAACUUUGCUUCAUUAUAUUGGUAUGUUCUACCAAUUUUUGGUUUAUUUGAUUUUCUUGUCUGUCUGUCUGUAUUAAUGUCAUCCAUUAUGAACUUUUAUUGCAAAAUUUUACGACUGUAUAAUGUUGCAUGUACAACAAAUUCCUGGAUGUUCUUAUAAUUCACAAAUUAAGGGUUGUGUGUAUGUUGGUCGAAUUCACUUCCAUUUUAGUUUUUUAAUAUAAAUAAUUCAUUUUUUUA